UAUAUGGUGGCAAAAGUUCUAACCCCAGGUGUCGGAUCUCCACUGUAUUAAAGAUUCGGGGCAGAGGUUUUGAGGUUUGGCAGAUUAUAGCGGAUUGGGAGCAGAAACAGUUUUCAAUAAAGAAAACAGUGUCACCACCACCGAUAGGAGCAGACAAGACAGCCCCUUUGAAGAGAAAGCAAGAAAGAUGAAGCAGGAGGAGGAGGAAUUAAUCCACAACACCACAUCUUCUUCAGAGGACUCCAAUCCAUGCCCCAUCUGCCUCGGACCCAUUGUUCAAGAUUCCUAUCUUGAUAAAUGUCUUCAUAAAUUCUGUUACAAUUGCAUUGUACAUUGGACAAAAGUGGUCACCAGCAAGCACUCAUACAAGCUUUCUUCUGUAAAAUGUCCUCUCUGCAAGAUGGAGAACUUUUCUGUAAUACAUGGAUUUGAUGGAAGCUCUUUUCAACAUUAUUACAUAAAUCAGAAUUUUGAAAAUGGUGGCUUUAUCUUAACAAAAGCUCACAAGUACAGAUUACAGUGCUAUUAUACUGAGCCAGGUUUCGUAGGUGACAUAUUCAAAGUAUCACGGUAUUGGAAGUCAUUCAAAUAUCUUCAGCCAAACUGUUGGCUUCAAAGUUGGUUGAAAAGGGAAAUUCAAGCCUUGAUACAGGAGGAAGAUGUUGAGGUUAUCAUGCACCACAUACUUGGUGUGAUUAAUUCAUUCAUGAGAAGGAAUGAUCAAUAUUCUCGAUCAAGAACACCUGAAGCAAAAGAAGAAGAGUUUCAAGCAUUAAUAUCUGAUGCAGCGAGGCCUUUUCUAGCAGCAAGAACUGAGAGGUUUGUGAAUGAGAUGGAAUUAUUUCUUGCUUCAGGUUUGAAUAUUGAAGCCUAUGAUGCCGUUUACAAGCAACGCCUCGGAUGGAGUGCACCUGGAGUAACUAGUGAGACUACUGGAGGACUUAGUGAACAGAGACCUAUAAUCCCAUACUUGUAUAUCUUUGAUGAGGACUCCGAUGGAACUGAUUAAAAGUUUGAAUUGCUUCUGCGAAAUUAUGAGCUUGGGAAGGAAAUUGGCGAAUAUAGACAUUACUAGUUGAGCUUUAAAUAGAUAGGCAAAUUUGGAUGAUUGUUUUCUCUAUCAAAAAAUUGACGAUAUAGCAACUUAUACUAAAGUUCCAACUUUCCCUUGAAACAAUGUAAGUUGUAAAUGAUAAGAAGAAAUUUUGUCAAUAAUCAAAGUUAGUUAAAUUAAGUUAUAGUUGCAUAUACGGUAGGAUGUAUAUGAAGUAUUUGGGUUUUGAAUA